AUGUCAAAUCUUGUUGGUAUUGAAUAUAAUAGAGUUACUAAUGUCACUUCAACGGAUUUUCCAGGUCAUCAACCAGGUGAUCAUUCUUGGGAUAUAGAAAAAUUUAAAGAUUCUUUUGAUAUAAAUAUAACUAAUAUUUCCGACGGAGUUGCAACUUUUGAUUUAAUUCAUAUUGAUACUUCCAUUGCAAAUGCUUUCCGUCGUAUUAUGAUUGCAGAAGUUCCUUCAGUUGCUGCAGAAACUGUUUAUGUGUUUAUGAAUACUUCUUUUAUACAAGAUGAAGUUUUGGCUCAAAGAAUUGGUUUAAUUCCUUUAAAAGUUGAUCCAGAUCAGUUAUCUUGGGUUGAUAAAACUAUUGAUGAAAAUGAUAGAUAUACUGAAGAUAAUACUAUAGUUUUAUCAUUGAAUGUUUCAUGUUCAAAAAAUUCAAAUUCAAAAUCAUCAAAUGAUCCGAAAGAAAUGUAUAAAAAUUCUCAUGUAUAUGCAAAAGAUUUAAAAUUUGAACCUCAAGGUAUACAGCAAGAAAAAUUUAAAGAUUCACCAGUUGUUCCAACAAAUCCUGAUAUUUUAUUAGCAAAAUUGAGACCAGGUCAAGAAAUUUCAUUAAGAGCUCAUUGUAUAUUGGGUAUUGGUUCAGAUCAUGCUAAAUUUUCACCAGUUGCAACUGCUUCAUAUAGAUUAUUACCAGUUAUAAAUAUAAAAGAACCAAUAACUGGAGAAUUGGCUAAAAAAUUUAAAAAAUGUUUCCCGCCUGGAGUAAUAGAUAUUAAUUCAAAAGGUGAAGCAUAUGUUAAAGAUGCAAGAAAAGACACAGUUUCAAGAGAAGUUUUAAGACAUAGUGAAUUUGAUGGGAAAGUAAGUUUGGGUAGACAAAGAGAUUAUUUUAUAUUUAAUGUUGAAUCAACAGGUGCAAUGAGUCCAGAAGAAAUAUUUUUUAAAUCAGUUAGAGUAUUGAAAAAUAAGGCAGAAUAUUUAAGAGCUUGUCCAAUAAAUCAAUAA